UGGCAGCUGAUGUGAAGCCAGAAGCGGGAACAAAUACUGAGCAGAAAUGGGCAAAGAAAAGGGUAUUUUGAAUGCUGUGUUACGCUUCACAGCCCUGGCAGAUGCCUCUCUCGACAAGACCAAAAUGGGUCGCCAAGAAGAAGAGAGAAGUUACUGGUGCACUACAGCUCAUCGAAUAUCUGCUGUAUGGACUCCAUGUGAGGCUUCAGCUCCCUGGUGUCCUCCGUCACCCCGGAUAGUGCUGUGGGCAGCACCGUCCGCAGGUAAAAGUCCAGUAUGCUGCUCAUGGCGUGGCAGGCAAACGGCGUCUGAAAGGAAAACAAAAACCGUUUUAGUCAUUGCUGCUGCUGUUUUUGCACCAUGCAGCAGUUAAGCAAGUCCACUUACUUUAAAUGACUCCUCGACACUCUGGUCUAGCAGCGCGGUGUGCAGGUCAUCGUUUGCUUCCUGUUCAAUUCAAAAAGAAGAGACGAGUGUCAGAGCAGACAGACGAGUAGCCGCUGCUUCAUCUGCACGAUGAUGCCUUCAACUUUCUGAGCCUGCCGGGGAAGCGCUCCACGAAGCGACAGCACUGGUUGUUACACAUUGGAGUGCUCCACACUUUGCUCAGGAGAGACUGGACUAGCAGAACCAACAGGAGGAGACUUCUGGUGCUGCGCAUAAUGAUGGAGUAAUGGAGACUUCUCGGCUUCUCAGUCUUGGUCAUCCAGCCAGUCCAGUAGUGUGUCCAUCUCCGCUACGGCCUUCUGGGCCGCCUUGUUGAUUGACAGCUGCGUGGGGUUGCAAAGAAAGAUCACAAUUAGGACCACCUGGCCUUGGCACCAACAGGAAGUUAGGAUAUUGAAGUGUGUCUUUCGGAGUUUUGGUUUCUCUAUGCAACCACAAGAAUAUUUCUGGGUAGAUCACCUGGUUGCUAGGUUAGCAGGUAGGUCAGUUGCAAGCAAGGCCAGUAGAUUUUUUUGCUAUCUUGGUAGUUAAGUCACUAGCUAGGAAGGUAGUAAGGUAAGUCGAGUGCUAGCAAUGUCAGUUGCUGUUUUGCUAGCUAUCUAAGUAGGUAGGUAGGUCACUAUCUAGGUGGGUUGGUAGAUGGCUAGGAAGGUAAGUCAUUUUCUAUGUCGGUAUGUCUUUUGCUAACUAGUAGGUAGCUCGGUCACGAGAAAGAUACCUCGAUAGAGCGAUAGGUAGAUAGUAGGCCAGUCGUCGGUAAGUUAGGUAGUGUAGGUCAGUGGUCCACAGUCUUUUUGGACCCACGGCCCGGCUUGUGUUUCACAAAUAUCCGCGGACCUGGGUGGUGGUGGUGGGGGUCAUAUAGCGAUGUAAUUUAUCUCAUUUAGUAUGUAUUGUGUAAAACUAGGACAGGAACAAUAUCAAAUUAAAAGCACAAAGUGAAUACAGACCCACCAUCCACCACUAUAAGCUUGGCGCGCCGCUGCUUGGCGUGUGUGCUAACAGGCAGUGUGCUAGCAUGAAUUAACCUGAAGCUGUGCACACAACAAAUAUACACAUUAGCACUCAAUAACGUCAUCAAACUUUACCUUUAUGUAUUCCCACAUAGUAUCAGCAUUUGGGAGCAAAUAUGAAGUGAAAAAACCUGAUAAAAAUACAGUAUAGUUGACAAUCUGUACAGAGUGGGAGAAGGCUAGGGCACGUACAAUGGUGCGUUCAAGGACUGUCAAAGUGGGACACUCGCAACAAACAACAAACAUGCAAAAACUUCAAACUAUAUUAUUUUUUGAAUAAAAUAAUGGCCCAUAUUUCCAAAAUGUAUAUGCAUUUACUUAAAAUUGUAUUUAGUUAUUUACAAAAGUAAUUUUUUUUGUGUGUGUAUUUUUUUUAUCAUUGCGCCUGAAAGGUUUCCUCAGGCCAGUUCGGCCUCGACCAUGGACCGGUACUGGGCCCCGGCGCGGUGGUUGGGGACCCCUGGUGUAGGUCAUUUACGAUAACAUAUGCCUUUAUUAGUCCCACAAAGGUAAAUUCCGGACAUUUCAUGCAUAGGAAGAUUGAUAAGCUGGUUGGUCACUUGCUCGGGAGGUAGGAAAGUUGGUCAGUUGCUAACUAGGUAGGUAUAGGUCAGUUAUUAGCUUCGUACAUAGGUAUGUCGCUGGGUUAGUGGUAGGUAGAUAGAUAGAUAGAUAGAUAGAUAGAUAUCCAAAAGAAGUUGUUUUCAUUAUACUUUUAAAGGACAUACUGUACCUUGUCAAAUUCAGUGUUGAGAGAGUCGAUGGCUCUUUGUGUGUCCUCAUCGCAGAGACAGUUCUGAGACGAGCACAGACAACUAUAAGUACCUUCAAUGUAUUUAAAGACGGGCACUUACAGCAUAAAGUAACACACUUACACAUCUGUUUAUAUUCCUUCUCACGGUGACAAAAGCAUUGGCCAGAGCGCUGGAGCAACGUUUCAGCUCCUCUGGCUGUGAGGUGGCGAAAUUCCGGAACACUUUCUCCACAUAGAAGCGCAGGAGCAGGCGCAAAUAACAGCAUGUCUGACCACUCUGCGAAGGAACAGUCAGACCUUGAAUAGACUCACCUGAAUAUUUGUCAUCGUUGAUCUGUCCAGCAUCAUCACACCAAUCUCAGUGUCCCCAGAAAUCUAUCAGUUCUUGCGUGUGGACGCUGACGGUGCAGCUGUCGAACUGCAGAGUUCUGCUGAAGACGAACUCACUCAGGAGGCCGAGCAGGAGGAGGAGUGACAAGAAGAGCAUCCACUUCAUCACUGUGAUCAUCUGGAGAGUGGAGGCAAUCAUUUAAGAUGAGACUGGUUCCUCAAAACCAGAAUCUUCUUCACGUUUUAAGCAAGUAAUACUUAUUUGCUGUAUAUUUUUUACACAUACAUAUUCACUGUACAUUGAUUAUUGAUUGAAGGACUGAGUUACUUAUCUAUCUUUUUUCUUACACAUUUAUUUACUUAGUUAUAUUUAUAUUUACCGACUGAUUUAUUUAUUUCGACUUUUACAUACAGUACUUUCUUAUUAGUAAGUAGAUUUUGUUACUUACAUAAUUAUGUAUUUACAUACAAUACAAACAUUACUUAUUCAUUUUUAUUUAUGUAUUUACUUACUUACAGACUGACUUACUGAUUGACCGUCUGAGUUACCUACCUAUCCACUUAUUAUUUAUUUACAUAAUAAUAAUAAUAACAAUACAUUUUCAAUUAUCUAUUUAUGUGUGCAUUUACUCAUUUACUUAUAUUUUUAUUGACUGACUGGCUGUAUUCUGUGCUUACAUACUGCACUUACGUAUUAAUUACAUAUUGUAGUUAUUACUCAUAUGGGUAGAGUAAAAUUAUGCAUAAGACAAGCAAUACCCUGCUGCCCAAAAACGUAAUACAAUUCUUCUCAACAAGAGAGGAGAAAUAAGACCUUAGGGAAAAAUUAACACUUUUAUGCGAGAACCACGGCAAAAACCUUCAGCAUAUCAGUAUGUGGAAUCAAAUUACGGAACGGAUUGAGUAAAGAACUCAAACAAUGCACUAAAAUGAGCGAUUUUAAGAAACAGUACAAGCAGUUGAUGUUUACAAAGUACAAGGAAGAAGAGUCCUGAACCACUGUGUACAUACAAUGGCAAAGAGUGCAUUUGGAAUACAGGGCGUGAACAAAUGUAUUGUAAUUGAUGUGAAACAGAGAGGGGGGUAGGAUUAAAUAAGAUUUGUACUAUGUGAUGUAUUCCAAUGUAAUUUUUACACAUGUUCAAAAUACAGUAAAUUAAACCAUUACCAUACCAAACCAUUAAGAGCCAAAUCAAAGAAACACUUAUACGGAGGUAGUGAGGCGGUAGCAAGAGGUAAUGAAAGUACACAAUUUGGUGCUGAGCCUGAUUGGGAUGGUUCUAAUCUGUCUCUCCUGCAUCAAACACUAAUCUUAUAUUCAUCAUAUUCGUUUUUAGUUUUUUUGCUGUUGCCAGACCUCCAGAUUAUUGGUAGCGUGCACCGAUAUUAACAUCUCAAGAGACGGGCAGUAGAGUUCGAGCAGAUACACUGUUGUGAAAAAAUAAUACAGCAAAUGUGCAAUGUUGCACCUUGUCGUCAUAGAAGGCUUUUCUUCAAGCUCCAUGAUGCUGAGCAAGCAUGAGCAAUCACCCACCACCGUGGCCUCCCUGGCAAAACACCACUCACCUGUGUGUUCACCUGUACCUACACAAGUAGAGUCCAAGCCCGGUUGUGUCUCUGUGCCUCCAUGCUUCUCUCCUCUUAUACUGGAACAAGGGGAUUUUAGCUGAUUUCUAAAAUUAAGUGGGAGGAAGUAUGUUGCAACAGUUAAUGUGAAAACCGAAGAAGAAAAAAAAAAAUCCAUCACCUUCCCUAAGGUGUUGUGUGCAGUGAAAUUACUGAGUCAUUCAUAACAGUGACAUCAUUGUUCUGUUUUAUUGGCACUGGAUCUCAUUAAACGGCGAAAUCCAUUCAUUAGAUUAGACAACUCUCUCUUCGCAUUAUGCACCAAUCUCUUUAGUUUAUUAGGGCUUUCUAGUUAUUAUUAUAAACAUGUACAUAUUGUUUAAUAGUUUUGCUUUGCACUGUAAAUAAAGUGUUUUCAGUGCUGUGCAGUGCAUGUACUUUACUCCAGUCCGACAAGUGGAAAGACCCAGUGCACUGGCUUAACUGCUGAGCUCUCUGGAUGACAUUUUAAAAAAUUCACUCAACAUUCUUUGGUAACAAGAGUUGUGUUGGGUAGGUGUUUUUGAUGUCUUUUCCUUGAUAAUUCUUGUGCCACUGUGAUAUUGACCUUCUCUUGUUCAUCUUUCUGUCUCAGCCAAUUUCGCUACUACACCAACAACAUGCCAGGCUGGAAGCCAGUGAUCAUCUACCCAUACAUCCGUGCAUUUUCCCCCAUUUAUCCUGUUCAGGGUUACGGGAAGCUGGAGCUUAUGCCAGUUGACUUUGGCAAUUACACCGUGGGCUGGUUGCCUGUUAAUCAUAUUAACAUAUUAACCAAGCUACAGCGACAUUGUUAUUAUUAUUCUUAUUAACAUUGUUACGCCGAAGAAGUACUUUACAGGCGUAGUGACACCUCGCCACACCACACCAGCUAUCUACUCGCUCACAAGUCCUCAAGCCACUUCCGGAAGGUUGCUAUGUGAAAUCAAUGCAUCCAGGAAGGAAGCUCCGGGAAUGCUUAAAAGGACAAAUGCGGCAAAACAGUCAGAGGGUGACUCAACUAGUGGGAAGAAGUUUCAGUCUGCGAGCAGAAGUCUCUCAGAAGCAGUUAUCCUACAUGACAGACACCCAGAAGGAGUGUAGGAGAAACUGAGAGGACAUGAGGGAAUACAUCUGGAACAACGUGAAGGAUUUCAUUUGGUCAAACCCUGCUGUUGUUGACCAGAACCUGCAUGUGGAUGAGGGUGAUAAGAACUCAAGCCGAGGGAACUGGGCCAGUAAGAAGGAGUACAUCCUCUCUACAAUCGGUUAUGCUGUUGGCCUCGGGAAUAUCUGGAGAUUUCCAUAUCUGGCCUACAAGAAUGGAGGGGGAGCCUUUCUUAUACCUUAUUUUGUGAUGUUGGUGGUUGCUGGGAUUCCUCUUUUCUUCCUGGAAAGUGCAUUGGGACAAUUCUGCAGCCAAGGACCAAUUCAUGUGUGGAGAGCAGUGCCAAUACUACAGGGUGUUGGUGUUGCCAUGGUGAUGGUGACCCUCAUAGUGUCCAUCUACUACAAUGUCAUCAUCGCCUACAGCCUGUAUUACAUGUUUGCAUCCUUCCAGUCUCCCCUACUUUGGUCCAGUUGCAUCGGCUGGGCUGACAGCAACUGCAGCGACUCGCCCAAAGUGUACUGCAAUAUAAGUGGUGUUUUAGUGGCCAACUGGACUCAAGAAAACAUAAGCUGUCCGUCAACCAACAAGAUAAGAGUUCCAGUGCAGAGCCCCAGUGAGCAGUACUGGGAUCGUGUGGCUCUACAGAGAUCCAGUAGUAUCGAGGAGACAGGUCCAGUCGUUUGGCACUUGGCUCUCUGUUUGCUGCUCAGCUCCAUCCUUGUUGCUGCGACGCUAAUCAAAGGCAUCAAGUCAUCAGGAAAAGUUGUGUAUUUCACUGCUACGUUCCCAUACGUGGUGCUUGUGAUCCUGCUGAUCAGAGGGGUGACACUGGAGGGAGCAAUAGAUGGGAUAGAGUUCUACAUCGGUUCCCGGUCCAACUUGACCAAGCUGACUGAGGCACAAGUGUGGAAAGACGCUGCAACUCAGACCUUCUACUCUUUGGCCAUUGGUUGGGGAGGAGUCAUGACACUUGCUUCCUAUAGCAAAUUCCACAACAACAUGUUGAAGGAUUCAUUUGCUGUGACGCUCACUAAUGCUGGCACCAGUGUGCUGGCUGGCUUUGCCAUAUUUUCCAUCUUGGGCCACAUGGCUCACGUUUACAAAGUGCCUGUCGAAGAAGUGGUAAAGGAAGGAUUUGGCUUGGCCUUCAUUGCAUACCCCGAUGCUCUGUCGAAACUUCCUGUUUCCCCUCUGUGGUCCUUUUUAUUCUUUUUCAUGCUGCUGACUGUUGGUCUCGACAGUCAGUUUGCAGGAAUAGAGGUGAUCACGACCUGCCUGAUUGACUCUUUCCCUAAAAGCUUCACAUCCAAACAUGCCCUUCUUACCAUAAUGACCAGUGUGCUUCUCUACCUGCUGGGUUUGCCUUGUGUCACUCAGGCAGGAAUAUACUGGGUGACUCUCAUCGACCAGUUUGUUGCCAGUUGGGUUCUGCUCAUUUUGGCUCUCUUGGAGAUCAUUGGUGUCGUCUACGUAUAUGGGGGAAACCUUUUUAUCAGAGAUGCAGAGAUGAUGCUUGGCGAGAAGAGUUGCACCUAUUGGCUUUGGUGGAGAGUGUGUUGGUUCGUCCUUAGUCCCUGUGUGAUAGUGGUGAUCCUGAUCUGGUCUCUGAUGACCUUCACGCCCCCCACCUAUGGGAGAGUCCAGUACCCAGUCUGGGCACUAGCUCUGGGAUGGUGCAUGGUAGCAUUUAUCCUUCUUUGGAUUCCAGUCAUCGCUGCGUAUAAGCUGAUAAGAGCACAGGGAAAUGCAUUGGAGCGUGUGAAAUCAUUGUGCUCUCCCUCGGAAAAAUGGCAUCCUUAUCUGGACGACCAUCGUGGUGAGCGGUACUCAGAAGAACACUGCAGGCGCAGAAAGACCCACAGCCAGCAGACCAGGCAGGAACCACAUAUACAUGUCAUCUCCAGCUCAUGGUUAUAAUGGUUUGGUGGUUAUGUUUACGGCAAUUGCUCUCAGUGAGUCACACAAAUUGAUGUGAAAUGUGUUGAACGUUUUGCUGACACAGCAAAAUAAACAGCUAUUUUCUUUUUUCGAAGCAAGACAACAACCGACUGUGUUUACUGUGUGUGAGAGACUAGACUUGAAGGACUUGAAGAUCUAGUGACAUCUUAUGGUGAACGUAUAAAAUUGCACCAUUUGACCUCAACCAGCCACAGACAAAACAUGUAACCACCCUCUCUACCACCUCUUCCCAGAAUCACCCAGUGGGUAAACUAUAUAGUGGCAUCAUUUCAUGGCUUUCCCCACAACUACUGAGUAAAAUCAUGUCACAAAUGCUCUUCGUGAUUUCACGCCCCUUAAUGAGUACGUUACACAACUGUGUAAUACAGUAAAACAUGUACUGUAACUGACCGUUGCUGCCUUUUCUUUUCAUGUUGUCUUGCAUUUAGUGUUGUCACAGAUUUGGGCUUAUACACACUACAGUGCUGACCAAAUGUAUUAGACCACCACCCAAUGUAAGA